UGCCCAACCCUCCUCCUUUUUCACCCGGGCUUGGGACCGGCGUCGGCGGAGAUUUUUGGAAAAAUGAUAAGCGACGGGAAGAUCGUCCUGUAUUCGGGAGCCAAAGAACAUCACGUGCACGGCGUCGGGAUGGUCCUGAGCAAAACCGCGGCACAGGCACUCGUUGGAUGGAAACCGAUCAGUGAUCGCAUAAUUACCGCCCGAUUUCAGUCUCGCCAUGCUAAAAUUACUGUUAUUCAAGUCUACGCACCGACAAAUGAGGCAGAUGAUGAAGAGAAGGACGCCUUCUACGACCAGCUGCAAGACACAAUCGUGGUUAUCCCCAACCAUGACAUAAAGAUCCUCCUUGGCGACAUGAAUGCGCAACUCAGUAGCGACCGGCAGGGCUGGGAAAACGUGAUCGGACCUCAUGGAUCGGCAGCAGUAACGAGCGAUAAUGGAGAGCGUCUCCUAUCCCUAUGCAAUCUUAACAACCUUUGCAUCGGGAAUACAUAUUUCAUUCACAAACGGAUUCACAAAAAGACGUGGCGGUCACCAGAUGGGACCACUCACAAUGAAAUCGACUAUGUAUGCAUCCAUCGACGGUGGCGCUUGGCUUUACGUGACGUACGGGUUUUUCGCGGCGCCGACGUCGGAUCUGAUCACCACUUGCUUGUGACUUCAAUCCGACUAAAAUUGAAAAGAGUGGCCGGACGCAACACCGUUCGGUCAUUUGCCUCCGAGAAAUUGAAGGACCGCGUGAACGCCGAGCACUUCCACAUUGAACUCGCUAAUCGAUUCCAGAUUCUUGACAACUCGGCCAGCAUCGAAGAACAAUGGGCACAGAUCAAGGAUGCUGCCAUAGAGACGGCAGAGAGAACGAUUGGUCGACGGCGUGGAACGCAGCGAGAACGGUGGAUUCAGGACCUACGAGCGCUCGAUGUCAAGUGGGAAGAUGUGGAAAUCGACGCUUCCGACCGAGCCCGCUGGCGAAUGCUUGUUGCCCGAUGCGCCUCGCUGCGCGGACGGAACUAACUAACUAUUUUAAAU